AUGGAUUCGACGAGCUUGUUUCGUGUUGACGGCAUGGUAGCCGCCGUCACGGGCGGCGGCAGCGGGAUAGGCCUGAUGAUGGCCAGAGCAUUGGCUGGAGCCGGGGCCAAGAAAGUCUACAUACUCGGUCGGCGGAGGGAGCUCCUCGAGUCUGUGGCCGCCGAGCACCCGAGUCUCGCCCCGGUGGAAUGCGACGUCACAUCCAAGGACUCCCUCCAAUCUGCCGUCGACACUAUCGCGAAGGAUGUAGGAUAUGUCAAUCUCCUGAUCGCCAACUCGGGCGUCGUGGGGCCUGAGAAGCGUUUCAACCCUACCUUGUCUAUCAAGGAGGUUCGCAAGACGAUGUUCGAGGACGUGACCAUGGACGAGUUCACCAACACGUUCCACGUCAACGUGACAGGCGCAUACUUCACUAUGCUUGCUUUCCUCGAGCUCUUGGACGCUGGAAACCAGAACGCGCUGAAGGGUGGCUUUGGAGCGCCACUAAAGCAAGGCAGCGACGUGCCCUCCAUCCAGAGUCAGAUUAUUGUCACCGCCAGCAUAUCGUCGUACAGUCGAGCAAUCCCGUCUGCACCGGCCUACUCCGGCAGCAAAGCUGCAAUCGCGCAUCUGUCCAAACAUGCAAGUACGAGUCUUGCCAAGUAUAGUAUCAGAGUCAAUGCCUUGGCUCCUGGGCUAUACCCCUCGGAACUGGCAUCGGGCCUCAUCCAAUCCCGAGAUCCCGCGCAGGAGCCCUGGGAUCACCCAAUGUUCAUCCCCAGCCGACGGUUCGGCGGCGAGGAGGAAAUGGGCGGGACCGUGCUUUACCUCGCGAGCAGGGCCGGGGCGUACUGCAAUGGUUUGGUCCUGGUGAACGAUGGAGGCAGACUAUCAGUCAUGCCUUCUGAAUACUAA